AUGGCUACCAAGCUCGUGCGAGGGAGGGCGACCAGAAUCCUCGUGCUGAACCCCAACUCUUCCCAGUCCAUGACUGACGGAAUGGAAGCCGUUGUUCACAGCAUAGAUCUGCCCUACUCGACCGAGAUCUACACCUAUACGGGGCCGCCAGACGCUCCCGCAAGCAUCAACGAUGGGCACGACAUCCAAAAGAGCACCGAAGCUGUUCUAGGCGACCUGGGCGACACGCUCCACGACUGCUAUCAGGGCAUCGUAGUCGCCUGUUUCAGUGUCCACCCGCUCGUGCCGAAGAUACAGUCGUCCCAUGGCCAGUCCACAGCCGUCACUGGCAUCUUCGAGGCCAGCAUACUUGCAGCCAUGUCUCUGCUCGGCCCGGGACAGCAGUGGGGCAUCCUCACAACAGGCAAGUUUUGGGAAGAGCAUCUCGCCGAUGGCGUCAACGCGUUUCUGGGCGUCGAUGGCAAGGGGCCGACUGCCAAGUUCGCUGGCGUCGAGUCCACGGGCCUCAAUGCUUCCGACUUCCACCACGGGGUUGAUCCAGUAGUGGUUAGGGAGAAGCUGAUCACGGCCACAAAGCGGCUGCUGCAAGGGGGCAACACAACGUGCAUCGUCAUGGGUUGCGCAGGCAUGGCAGGACUAAAGGACACCAUACGCACGGCGGCAAAAGAGCAGCGCGGGGAGCACUUCGCAUACGUCGUGCUUCACGUCAUCGAUGGUGUCAGGGCUGGGAUCAUGGAGGUCGAAAGAAUGAUCAGGCACCAAAGACAGCGACGAGGAUGA